AUGUUUCUCUCAGUCGCGGUCGUUUGGCUGUGGGCUUCGUCCUCAAUCGUCGAAGUCUCCCUGUUGGCGUCGCGUUCGUUGGGAGUCCAAUGUGCCUGUCGCUACCUUUCGGGUCGGCGUAAAUACCUCCGGCUAAUUACGCCCGAAGAAAUACGAGGCAUUCAUCUGGUUGAUCGCGUGACCAACAUGAGCGUUCGAACCUUCCUUGCCCUUGAGAUUCGAAACCCUGACUCGGCCUCUCUGCCCGAAAAGAAGGAGGAGCAAUUCUCCAACUCCGUGCUCAAUUCUGCUUUCUCAUUGCGACCGCUGUUCCAAUUGGACAGUCACCCCGAUGCUCCAAUCUGUUGUCUGUCCUUAGAUUGCCUGGCGACCGUUUACCGUCUUACCUUUGCAGUGCUCUUUGAUGGAGAUUCCCACGUCUUUCGCAGUUCAGCUCAAACAGCGCCAUUUAACUCCAAAGUUUCUCCCCUUUAG